GGCACUUGUGGUAUUUGUCUCUGAGAGCCUAACGGCCCAUAAAGAAAAGCAUUAUUUCUAUAGACAGAAAAAACCAUUAUUAUUAACCAUAUCAAGAACACAUUAUAGUAUCGAUAAUACAACAGAGCAAGUGUAUCAUAAGUGAUUUGAGCAGUGCAUAGUGUUUAAAUCAGAAACUAGAAUGCCUUUCAAAUGUUGUUGCUCAAAUUCUGAUGGCGAUUCGGUUUCAAACAAGUCCUGGACACCGGGUGUGGUCAAUAAAAGUUUUGAUACUGUCGAAAACAAACAACCUCAUGCUGUAACAAAUCAACCUCGGUCCAGUGAUUCGACACCAACAAACACCAUGGGCCGUCCAUCGACAGCAAGCAAUGAUAGCGAAACCUUUUCGAAAAUCGAUUUGAAUUUGAAUAUCUUUGAGAAAGAUCGUUUUACGGAUAUGUCAAAGACCAUACAUAAAAGUCAAAUGAAUCUAAAUGAUAUAUAAAUUUUGUAUUAUUUUCUAUAUGUAUAAGAAUAAACUUUAACCUGUGUAUAUUUAUUAA